AAUGGACACAUGUUUAAAAAUUUUGUAAUAACUAAAAUAAACAAAAUAUUGGGCAAAAGAAUGACCCGACCAAGUCAAAGUAAACAAACUCAAAGGGACUUUCAGAAUGACCAGAGCAGAGAGCAACUCAGUCACUGAAAGUACUACUCAGAGUCAGACCAAAGUACUUUUCACAUCUCUGCGGCCAACAUUCUCUCGUGUCUUCCCUUCCAUUACCAUGCCGAGCAACUCCAAUUCCACGCAUCAUCCUCCGAGGAUCGGAAAGAUCGGCCCCUACACAGUCUUCAUAACCCCUCCAUCAACUCCUUCACCUCACGCGCCUUCCAAGCCUUUGGAGGUGCCUCCUGUGCAAAUCCCGCCGCCGGAGACGGCGGUCAGGAAUCCACCUCCGGUCAUGGUUCCCCCCAAACAAUAUGAUAAAUACCAGACUAAAACCGGCUCGAGUUUUGGAGUUUUUUGGGAUGCUGUAGCUAAAGUCCAAAACGCCCAUGCAAGUCUGGAUGAGAACGUAGCAUAUUGGUUUGGGUUGAAUCAAUCAAAGUAUCAAUGGGCCCUGGAUGAUUACUAUGAGAGCAAGGGAAUUGAUCCUGCAGAAGCACGAGCCAAAGCUACACCUAGCAAAGUAGAAAAUGUGUAACAUGCCUAUCUUGCCUGGUAAUGCUUGGAGUGCACUGAAUCAAGGUUUAUCUUGACAUGUAGAUGUAAAAUAUCCAUUAGCAGCUAAAACUGUGUGCUGAAAAACUAUUUGUCCACUAAUCCCCUAGUACAGCCGGUACAAUCGUCCAUCCAACGGGUAUCAAGGAGGCAGCGGUUAAGCGUAUUUUGGUGUGGCCUGUUUUUUCUUUGGCAUCAACCUCUUUGAAUAUAUUUUCAUGAUAUUUGAAGAAAAUGUAUGGAGUAAUAUACAUCCUGGUUUUUGAGCAAAGACCAUGCUGAAGACUCAAGCUUCGCAUUGUUUAAUACCUUCAUACAUUGAACGAUCCACCUUUUUUUUCUCCCUUUGAUUACUCAAAUGGUGAAAACAAUAUCUUUUCUGUUUAUUUUCUAAGAUAUAUUUUUAAACUUUUCUACUAUUUUUCUGUUAAAAAUUACGUCCCAUAAUAAAUUUCUCACUUUCCU